CCUAACACACGAAAGAAGUUCUGCGGGAAAGAGCUCUAGCCAGCCCAUCACCCCUAUGCCUUCUUCUUCCUUCGCACGCUAAUUCUCUCCAUUGCACUCGGCUCCUCGCAUGAACCGUCGCUGCGCCUUCUUCCAUUCUUUCUUCUCCUUCAGCUUGGUCGACCAAGAUCGAGAAAAAUACGGAUCACAAGGAUCCUCUCCCGCACGAGCUCUUUACACCCCCUUCUCUUGACCCUAGCAGCAAUCACCUCAGCCACGAGAUCACAAAAGUUAUCUGCUUCCCUCGUCAACUCUCAAGCAUGUCGUUGGCUACUCUUUAUUGGCGAUUUUCACCUCCUUAGCGUCCCAACUCUUCUCGCUUCUUCUCCUCCAUUCCUUUAUUUUCUCGUUCCUUUCUUUCCUCUUCCUCAAUUCUUCAUUUCCUCUUCCGCCUGCUCAACUCUUUGAUUCCUCUCUGCUCCCUUCGUUUCCUCUCCCCGUGUCUGAAACCAGCUGUUGCAAUAUUCCCCACUUACAAAAAUUUCGUCAUCUAAAUUUUAAAAAAAAUGGAUUGCAAGUAAUCUCAUUAAGUAGGCCACCAUUAGUUAUCCAUAAUAUUUCUAUUAGACUCUGUUCUCCUAUAAUUUUGAGUGAAUUCAUUUGCCUGAAUGGUUGUUCGAGGACGAGGUUUUGUUAGCAUUCAGUGUUGUUCGGCAUCAAAUUUUACUGAUCAAGGGACCAACAUAACAUGGACAUCAGAUGACCAUCUUUUUCAUAGCGUUGGACGAUGCGAGCACUUCUCUGUUUCAUCUAGAACUUCUAACCAUACACAAACCCGUUUCUUUGAUGAGGCUGAUUCAAACAAUUUCUGCUAUUAUCUUCCUGUACUGAAAGGCCAGGGCUACCUAGUGAGGGCUACAUUUCUACGUGGCCCUAUUCCCGAAUCUUUUACUGCAGCCCCCUUUAAUUUUUCAGUUGGAACCACAUCAAUCUCCCAGAUUGAUUCAUCUAUAGAACAUUUCAAGGUUGAAGGUGUCUUUGUGGCCACUAAUGACCACACAAACUUCUGCCUUUUUAGUGAGACACGUAAUGCUUAUAUAUCCACGUUAGAAUUGAGGCCAUUAAACGAAGCUAUUUACCUUCACGAUAGUCCGUCAGCUGCUCUGAAAUUGGUUACUCGAGUCGAUCUUGGAAAUAAGAAUCUCAGUUAUAGGUUUCCCAAGGACCUUGCAGAUCGCAUCUGGCCUGUUGAUCUUGAAGAAAAAGGCUCUGUAAAAGGCAAGAUAUUAGAAUCACAUGAUAUAUCUUUGUAUGGAUCUAAUGCAUCCAUUCCAAUUGAAGUUCUACAGACUGCUAUAACAGAUGAUGAAGAGUUGGUAUUUCAUCAUAGGGAUCUUCAAACAGGCCACAAUGAAUUUCUUAUUAUCCUUUAUUUUCUUGAACUCAAUGCCAAUGUGCAAAUUGGGCAAAGGGUCUUUGACAUAUAUGUAAAUGGUGAUAAAAAGUAUGCAAGCUUUGAUAUACUAGAAAAUGAAAGUACUUCCAACUACAAAGCAAUCCCCCUUAGGGUGAAAACAAAUGGUUUUCUCAACAUCGCUCUAGUCAAAACUCUGGAUGAAGCUAAAUAUGGACCGAUAUGCAAUGCUUACGAGAUCUACCAGAUACUCCAAAGAAGUACUGAAACGAUUCAAAGAGAUGUAAAUGCUGUCAUGAAACUGAAGGAUGAGCUGAUGGAAGAAAAUCCUAAACACGAUAUCUUUGGGAAGUGGCAUGGGGACCCAUGCACUCCUUACAUAUGGAAUGGUCUAGCUUGUGAAGAGAUGAAUGGGUCCUUUGUCAUCAUUAAGCUAGAUCUUUCAUCAAGCCAUCUGCGAGGACCAUUUCCUUCUGUGAUUGGAGAUAUGACAGAACUCAAGGAACUGGAUGUGCAGUAUAAUGACUUCCAUGGAUCUAUCCCUGAUUCACUUGUUGCUCUCCUUAACUUUUCAAAACUAUCCAUACAAUGCAACCCUCAGCUCAAUUACACAAUACCACCCAGCUUGUCAACUCGAAAGAAUCUUAGUGUUAUUUCUGGACAAUGUGAUGCUCCAUCCCCAACGAAAAGUAAUAUUGAUGUCAUAGGCAGUGUUGCUGGAGGAUCUGUUGCAGCUACAUUUGCACUGGGCAUUUUUUUCAGCUGCUUUUACAAGCGUCCUCGUCGAACUUCGAAAAGUAGUUACCCAGGAAUCAAGAGUCAAGGGUUUGCAGAUCAGAGCAUCCAUUACCCUUUAAAGAAUCCCGAUGUAAAAACCUUCACACUUGAGUAUAUCAAAAAAGCAACAUCAGGUUAUCAGACCUUGAUUGGUGAAGGUGGAUUUGGGAUAGUUUACCGUGGCACACUGCCUUAUGGUCAAGAAGUUGCUGUAAAAGUUAGAUCAGCCACAUCAGUUCAGGGUACACGUGAGUUUGAUAAUGAGGUAAACCUUCUUUCAAAACUUCAACAUGAUAAUUUGGUACCACUCCUUGGUUACUGCUGUGAAAAUGAUCAACAAAUUCUAGUAUACCCCUACAUGUCUAAUGGUUCCUUACAAGAACGACUGUAUGGGGAGGCAUCAAAAAGAAAGGUUCUGGACUGGCCAACACGACUUUCCAUUGCACUUGGUGCUGCUAGAGGUUUAUUGUAUUUGCACACUUACCCUGGACGAUGUAUCAUUCAUCGGGAUGUGAAAUCAAGCAAUAUUCUUCUUGAUCAAAGCAUGUGUGGCAAGGUGGCAGACUUUGGGUUCUCUAAAUAUGCACCUCAAGAGGGAGAUAGUGGUGCCUCUUUGGAAGUAAGAGGAACAGCUGGUUACCUGGAUCCAGAAUAUUAUUCUACCCAGCAGCUAUCAACCAAAAGUGAUGUAUUUAGCUACGGAGUGGUGCUUCUAGAAAUUGUGACCGGAAGAGAGCCUUUGAAUAUACAUAGGCCACGCAACGAAUGGAGCUUAGUCGAAUGGGCCAAGCCAUUUAUCAGGGAACAAAGGAUUGAUGAGAUGGUCGACCCGAAUAUAAAGAAUAGUUAUCAUGCAGAAGCAUUGUGGCGUGUCGUGGAGGCAGCUUUGGCCUGCAUCGAACCUUUCUCCGCCUACCGACCCAACAUGAUUGAUAUCGUUCGAGAGCUCGAAGAUGCUCUCAUCAUCGAGAACAAUGCCUCCGAGUACAUGAGAUCCAUCGAAAGCUUCGGAGGUUCGAAUCGCUUCCAAUAUUCGAUCGACAGAAAGAUACCUGGACUGCCCCUUACUCCCUCAGAACCAUUAUCAGGAUUUUGUCAGAUCAUUGCUGCUCCCCAGCCCAGAUAAAUUUGUAAGAAGAUUGUUACAAAUUGCACCUUCAGUUCAUGCAUUUUGCAAAUCUUCCCACUUUGUAUUCAACUUUGAAACAUUUUUAUACUUUUAUAUAUAUAUAUAUAUAUAUAUAUCAUGUAAUGUAUUAGAUGGUCAAUAACGUAUCAUUUUUAUUGAGUG